AAUUUCUUUUUCGUUCGUCCUCGUUGUUCUUGCAUGGCUUCAACCUCUUCAUCGUCGCCCUCAUCAUCGUCGAGUGGCGAGCAAGUGCCGACAUUCGCUCUGGCGUCACAGUGCCGCGACAAUGGCACGCCGUUCGUCAUUGAUGGAAGCACAAUGGAAGGCGGCGGACAAGUGCUGCGCAACGGGAUGGGAUUUGCGGCGUUGCAGGGCAUCCCCAUCCAUAUUAAUCACAUUCGCGCCGGGCGAUCCAAGCCGGGACUGCGAGCACAGCACUUGUGUGGCAUCGAGCUUGUCUCAAACAUGGCGCGCGGACACCUCACGAAUGCAAGCAUCAACUCGACGAGCAUUACUUUUGUUCCCGGUGCAAUUGCGGCAGGUCGGUUUGACGCCGACAUUGGCACGGCUGGUGCGACCAUGCUGCUGGUGCAAAUUGCUCUGCCAUGCGCACUCUUUGCGCCAGGGCAAGUUGCAUUGAAGCUGACUGGCGGCACGAAUGCCGAGAUGGCACCUCAGGUCGACUACACCGUUCAGAUCUUUCGGCCUAUUGCACAACGCUUUGGGUUUGCUCUGGAUCUGGAAAUACGUCGAAGGGGGUACUUUCCUCGAGGUGGCGGUGAAAUUGCGCUGACCGUCAAGCCGAUUAAACAACUCAAUGCAGUCACCUUGACUCAGCGAGGCACCGUCACGCGCAUCACAGGACGAGCGUUUGUGGCAGGGACUUUGCAGCGCCGACUCGCGGAAGACAUGGCGGCUGGAGCCAACGAGCUCAUUCGCAAGCACUUUCCCGGCAUUCCUGUCGACAUUGCCAUCGUUCAAGAGCCGCGAGACAUUGCGGCCGGUAACGGAUCGGGUAUUCUUUUGGUGGCCCAUACGAGCCUGAACGGCUGCUUGAUUGGCGCCUCAGCACUGGGUGCUGCUGGUCAGCAACCAAAAGCGCUGGGAAAGGAGGCAGCCACAAGCUUGAUUGCCAAUCUCCAACACGGUGGCUGUGUUGACGAGCACUUGCAAGACCAGCUGAUCAUCUUCAUGGCACUUGCUCACGGCGUUUCCAAAAUCAAGACGGGGCCGCUGACCAUGCACACUGAAACGGCAAUCCACUUUGCCAGGCAGUUGACGUCCGCCCUGUUCACCGUUACCCCGGUUCCUGCAGCAGAAAAAGAGUUCCCAGAGGAGACCACCUUUUAUAUCGAGUGUGUUGGCUCGCGGCACGUAAAUGCAGGGCUGUUUGAUUGAGCGCAGAUGCACUCCUUGCUUGAGGAUUCAAGCACCAAACAAUCAACAUCAAAUGAAACCAAAACAAUAAAACCAAACAAAGACAAAACGGACAAACAACCUUUUUUGUUUUUGGAAAAAUUAC